UCACAAUCAUCGCGACAUUCAGCCCUGUGCCAGUCCUCCAACAACCGUGAGCAUCUCCGGAAGGGUUUCAAAUACAUGUAUUGAAACCAUAGCAUGCCUCACUCUUGGUAAAGGAGAGAACAGUCUUCCGCCGUCCGGCGCUGCUGAGCAGCAACAACCUUCCAACCCGCCUCCACCUCCAUCCACCUCGGACAUCCCAUCGUCAUCUGCUACGAGCUCCUCCGCAGGAGAUAACGACUCCGGAUCUCACUCACAGCGGCCGACCCCAUACGCGUCUCCUUACGCGUCUCCUUGAACAUCCCCUUGGUUCUCCUCAAGCAGCCCUUGUCCCCUCACCCCAGCGCAAUUCGACGACCAAUUCGACGACCGGCGGCAAGCUACUUCAAACAUGAUGGCUACUUCUAUGAUGUCCCCCGGCUCCAUGCCUCCGCCUAACUCCGUGGGCCCUCCGAACCACAUGCCCCCGCCGAAUUCCAUGCCUCCACCAGGCUCUAUGCCACCCCCGCAACGACCAGCCGAGAAGACCGAGAAAGAGAAGCGAUCGGCGACCGAUAUCAAUGACCUCAGCGACAUCGUCACGGCAGCGGGUGUUGACAUCAGGGCCGAAGAGGCCGCCUUGGCACAGACGUAUCGCAGCGCAUCGGAUUUGGCCUCGCAACAAAUAAAUGGCUCGUUCGUCUCCAAUUCUCAGUCCACGGCCAGCUUCUCGCCAAACCAGAGCUUCGGGUAUCCACAAGGCAGCUUUACUAGUUAUCCACCAUUUCCAGCAUCUGGAGCUGCCAGCCAGUCCCCGGUUGCGCCGAAGACGGUUGAAGAGGAGCUCUUUGAGAAGCACAAGAAGGCGGCGCGGGAUCAUGCCGAGCGGAAACAGUUUCACCUCAACAACCCCUUCUUAAGUACCAACUGCUUGCGCCAGAAGCUGGACAAACACACUCGGAGCAACGGGGUUCGGCUGAAUGUGGAUGGUCUUUACGACCAAUCUCCUCAGACGCCACAAGGGGUCAACGCGAUGCGGAUGACUGGAAGGGACGGCAUGGGAUUCGUGGCGGCGAAGGCGAGCUCGGUCGUUGAACACAAUGCCGCGUUUGCGGACGUUCUCGCGCUUGUUUCACUGGCGGCGAACGAGCGAUUACGUGGUCUGGUGGAAGAUGCAUAUGCUCUUUCACGUGGACGACGAGUCGGGGCAGACGGGGUCGUACCCCCAGACUUUCAGGACCUGGCGACUGGGACGGGAGAUCCGAAACCGAUUUCUGCCGUGCCACAGUCCAUUACCAACUCGCCAUGGGACAUGCCACCAGACAGUGCCGUGUCCCCCAUGACGGUUCCACAAAAGGACCCCCUAGAUGCCUCCAACCGCCUUCCUACACCUCCGACUGAGCCUCCGUCAACACCCGUAUCCACCCAAUCCUAUCCCCCAACCCUAGCCAUCACACUCGACAGCAUGUACGACCGCGAUCUCGCCUAUGAACAAGCACGCGUCGAAACGCGUCGGAAGCGCCGCAAACUCGCCGCCGAGACCGCCGCCUCGCAAUCCGUUUCCGCCGCCGAGUCACCGGCCCCCGGCACCCCCUCAUCGGCCGGCGGUCCCAUCGACGGCAAAGCACCCGACCUGAUCCCUCCCAUGAAGAUGACCAAGAAAGAGCGCGAGAAGCUGGCGAAGUCGUCCGCGACCGAAGAGGUGCAGCACCGCGCCGCGAACACGACGGCCUCGAUGGCGCUGGGCGGGCUCGGAAAGAAGAAAUACAGCUGGAUGACAUCCGGGACGCCGGUCACGAAACCGCUACCGAACAUGCGGGUGAAUACUUCACUGUCGGGGAGCAAAAGCACGGGAGCGGCGGGUGGUGGGGCGCAGGGGCCGCCGCCAGUCGAUCGGUUGCUGCAGGCGGUGCAUCAGAAGAAGCUGGGGGAGUGGAAGGAGGACAGCGAGAAGGGGCGGGGCAUUCAGUUGCGGGAUUGGAUCGCGGCGUUAGAAAUGGACGGGCGGGAGAAGAAGGGAAUGGUGAGGGCGGCGGUGAAGCGGAACUUCGAUAAGCUCGAAGAACAGGAUAAUGGGCCGCGGAAGUAAUUGGGGGAUUGGUUCGGUUGGGACGGACCGCGACAUUGCAUGCAUAGUUCAGACACGCGAUCCACUACCGGCGUUUUAUGGGAGCAGAUCGACGGCAUUCACGUCGCGCUCUUGAUGGAUAUGCAUAUUCGGCGCUUUGGGCAGGAUUCGCGCUGAUUGCUUCGCCUGCUCGACGAACGGGCAGGCGGAUUGAAAAACAUUAGGCGGCUAGUCAUCCCCGCUAGAGAUGAAAAAUGGCCUCGAACACUGCUCGAGAGCAGUCGAACGAGGGGGAUAUUUCAUUCCGCACUGUACACUUAGCUCCAGGCGUUUUGAAAUGAAGAACGUUGAAGAAGUUGCA